AUGUCCUCACGUGGCUCUGGACUGCCCCUGGGGCUCGAUGCCCAGCCCAGCUGCAGCACCCCGGUGCCUGUACCAAGGAAUUCCCUCCUGGCACGGCCUCUCCCUGCCCCGUGGAGCUGCUCCCUCGCCCUGCUCGGCCAGGAGGACACCGUGGAGAGCUGCAGAGGGAGCUCCUGUGAGCUGGGGGUGGCCCUGCUGGAGCCCUCCUGCCCGGGCCCCGACCCGCAGCUGGUGCGCAGGAUCGUGGCCCAGGUGGAGUUCUACCUGUCCGAUGAGAACCUGGCCAAGGACGCCUUCCUGCUCAAACACGUGCAGAAGAACAAGAUGGGCUUUGUCAGCAUCAAGCUGCUGACAUCCUUCAAGAAGGUGAAAUACCUGACCCGGGACUGGCGCCUCACCCUCUACGCCCUCAAGUUCUCGUCGCUGCUGGAGGUGAACAAGGAGGGCACCAAAGUGCGGCGGCGCCUCCCCAUCCCCGAGUACCUGCUGAGCGUCCCCCCCAGCAAGCUGCUGCUGGCCUGGGAGCUGCAGCCGCGGGAGCAGGACCUGCCCCUGCAGAAAAACUUCCUGGACACCAUCACGAGGAUGUUCAGCCCCUUCGGCGCCAUCGCCUCCAUCCGCCUGCUGCGGCCGGGCCGCAAGCUGCCCUCGGACGUGCGCAGGUACUCGGCGCGCUUCCCCGAGCUGCUGAGCCGCUGCUGUGCCCUGGUGGAGUACGAGAGCCUGGAGAGCGCCCGCGGCGCCGCCGAGAGCCUGGGGCACCGCGACUGGCACGGCAUCAGGGUGGUGCGGCUGUGCGGCAAGGGCGGCAGGAAGAAAGCCGGGGAGGAGCGGGCGGCUUGGAAAGCGCCACCCGCAUCUCUGACCUUCCCCCGCAGCCUGGAGGAUUCCCUCCUCGAGCCCGACGAUGCCUCAGGGUCGCUGUCCCCUCUCCUGAGCCGGGAGCUGCUGGCACCCACCUGGCCUGGCGGCGACUUCGCGCCGGGAAAUUCCAGCGGGUUCCCCGGCUCGCUGCUCCCUCCGCUCGGGGCGGGCACCGAGAGCCGCCCGGGCGGGUCCUGGACACCCUGGGGCAGCGGUCUCUAUCCCAAAGCUCCCUCCAGCCAUGGGCAGGGGGUGUCCGAGCCCCUCAGCCUGUGGGACGGGGUCCUGCCCCACCGCCCCGAGGGCUCCGGCAGCAGCUUCGGGAGAGGAGAGCUCGUCCUGCGGCGCUGA